AUGUUCUUUUGAUAAGUUGUGAUGUCACAUCCUUCAUUUCGUUUGUAACCGUUACGGUGUCCGGUUGUAGCGUACUUUCUUUUUGCCGUGGUAAAUAAAACUACUCAAAAAACAUACAAAAUGGCCGACGCUGAUGACCUUCUCGAUUAUGAAGAUGAAGAGCAAACUGAGCAGACCGCAAACGAAGCAAAUGGAACUGUUGAACAGAAAAAAGGCGUUAAAGGCACUUAUGUUUCUAUACACAGUUCCGGCUUCAGAGAUUUCCUUUUAAAACCAGAAAUAUUAAGAGCGAUUGUUGAUUGUGGUUUUGAACAUCCUUCGGAAGUUCAACAUGAAUGUAUACCUCAAGCAGUAUUAGGCAUGGACAUUUUGUGUCAGGCCAAAUCUGGUAUGGGUAAAACGGCUGUGUUUGUUUUGGCUACGUUACAACAACUUGAACCAACUGAGAAUGUUGUUUAUGUAUUGGUUAUGUGUCACACUCGGGAGUUGGCGUUUCAAAUUAGCAAGGAAUACGAACGGUUUAGCAAAUAUAUGCCUAAUAUUAAGGUGGGUGUAUUCUUUGGAGGGUUGCCCAUUCAAAAAGAUGAAGAGAUUUUGAAGAAUAAUUGUCCUCAUAUUGUCGUUGGUACUCCCGGAAGGAUUCUUGCCCUUGUACGCGCCAAGAAACUAAAUUUGAAACAUUUGAAGCAUUUCAUUUUAGAUGAAUGUGACAAAAUGCUUGAGUUAUUAGAUAUGAGAAGAGAUGUGCAAGAAAUUUACCGUAAUACACCCCAUGGAAAACAAGUUAUGAUGUUCAGCGCAACGUUGAGUAAAGAUAUUCGUCCAGUUUGCAAGAAAUUUAUGCAAGAUCCCAUGGAAGUUUAUGUUGAUGAUGAAGCUAAAUUGACGUUACACGGUUUACAACAACAUUAUGUUAAAUUAAAGGAAAAUGAGAAAAAUAAAAAAUUGUUUGAGUUACUUGAUGUUUUGGAGUUUAAUCAGGUGGUUAUUUUUGUGAAAUCUGUUCAACGUUGUGUCGCCCUCGCUCAACUUCUUACUGAACAAAACUUUCCUGCAAUUGGAAUUCAUCGUGGCAUGAACCAAGAAGAACGUUUGUCGAGGUAUCAGCAAUUCAAGGACUUCCAAAAGCGAAUUUUGGUUGCUACAAAUUUAUUUGGACGUGGUAUGGAUAUUGAACGAGUAAACAUCGUUUUUAACUAUGAUAUGCCUGAAGAUUCUGAUACUUACCUGCAUAGAGUGGCUCGAGCUGGUCGUUUUGGUACUAAAGGGUUAGCGAUUACUUUCGUCUCUGAGGAAAGUGACGCAAAAAUUUUAAACGAAGUUCAAGAUCGAUUUGAUGUUAACAUUACAGAAUUACCUGAUGAAAUUGACUUGAGUUCUUACAUUGAAGGAAGAUGAGAUGGUUAAUGAUAAUUAAUUUGUACAAUUAUAGUUUUUACACGUUUUCUUAUUUGAUAGUUCCAAUAAUUGUCACUUGUACUUCUUUCUGUGAAUUAACAAUAAUUGGUGUUUAUUAGUAAUAGAUUUUCAUUUAUUAUAAAAUAUUGCUGUGUAGUAAAAGUUUUUUGUUUUUUUUAUUAAGACAACCUACUGUGUAGGAGUGAUUAAAAGUAAUAAAGAUUCUUUUAAAUAAA